CCCAAUUUAAACCCAAAAAACAAAAGAGGAGCAAAGUAAAGCUCACGUGGCAGCAAGUACCGUACACACGAAGCUGCAUGUAGUCGACCACGUGUUGUGCUCACCGUAAAGAAAAUCCUAUGUAUUGUGAGGUUUUGAUGAUUAGCAUUUCCAAGGAUUUCAUCGGAUCGAAAUCAGAAUCAUAAGAAGACUGGAAAAAUAUGGCAGCGAAUAUGAUGAGACCGGCGUUUGCUUACACUGUUGUGUAUGUGAAGGACGUAGCUAAAUCCGUAGAAUUCUACUCUAGAGCUUUUGGUCACAACGUCCGUCGUCUUGACGAGUCCCACAGGUGGGGGGAGCUAGAGAGCGGCCAAACGACAAUAGCGUUCACACCACUUCACCAGCAUGAGACCGACGACCUAACCGGGAAGGUUCAGGCUACGCAGUCAGCCCGUGAGAGAGCACCCAUCGAAGUCUGCUUCUGUUACCCCGAUGUUGAUGCCGCUUUCAAGAGAGCGGUGGAGAACGGUGCGGUGACUGUGAGCGAGCCGGAAGACAAAGAAUGGGGUCAGAAGGUUGGAUACGUGAGAGACAUUGACGGCAUCGUUGUACGCAUCGGAAGCCACGUUAAGUGAAUACAAAACAAAGACUCGAUCACGGAAUAUCAUCAGUAACUAUAGUCUAUAUAUAUAUGCUAAUAUGCAUACGAAUAAUACAAGCUAGUAGUACUCUUUUUUUUUUUUUUUGGUUAAUACAUAUUCUACUUAAACCGAAAGGGAAAAUAAAAAAAGUUUUGCAAAGUGCCCA